AUGGGGAGGAAGAAGAUCAGCAUUUCCCGCAUCCUGGACGAGAGGACCCGACAGCCGUCCCUCUGUCUGUCUGCCCGUCCCUCUGUCUGUCUGCCCGUCCCUCUGUCUGUCUGCCCGUGGUGGGACCAGGUCACCUUCACCAAGCGGCGGUUCGGUCUGAUGAAGAAGGCGUACGAGCUGAGCGUCCUGUGCGACUGCGACAUCGCCGUCAUCGUCAUCAGCGGCAGCAACAAGCUGUUCCAGUACGCCAGCAGCGACAUGGACCGCACGCUGCUGAGGUACACGGAGCACGGCCAGGCCACGCAGAGCCACACCAACGCCGACAUCGUGCAGGCGCUGAGUAAGAAGGAGCAUCGACGCUGUGCGCCUCCUGAUCACCUGACCCCCAAACCGACCAAUCACGACGGGCCGCCAGGGCGUCAGGUCAACGCCACACUAACCACACAUCACCGCAUGGUAAAGCUAAAGUAA